AUUUUGUCACAGCGAUUUUCAUAGUACAGCUUUAGUUGUUCUAUUUGUCUAAUGCUCAGCAUUGUAUUUUGCUAACAUUUUAUCUUUUCAGAAUCGUCACGUAUAUGAAUGAGAUUUAAUUUUUUUUAUUAAUUACACCAUAAAAACAUAACGACAUAUAUAUUUUGUUGAAUAAAGCUGAUAAAGUAUAUAAUUUACUAACACAAAUGUGGUACUGAUGGUCAUCAUCAUAAAAGUUGGAUAAAACCUUUUCGAUGACAAUAUCUGACUGAUAAUAGUAUUGAUGCUAAUAAAUUCUGUUGUUUUAUUUGAAAGUGGUCUAGAAAGGGUUUAUGGGGGAUUAUAGGAUUGACGGUCACUACUGAUGCGUCCGGUGCAAAUGGCCACACGCUGAGUUCAUAUCGGGCAUGAAAUAAUUCACUGAGUAUAACAAAUCGAAUUUGAUCGACAUAACAUACACCUACAGGCAUUAACGCACCGAAGGACGAAUAAGCUACCAGGCAACGCAUCUGUCACUAAAAUUUGACAUUAAGCAGAUAAGUAUAAAAAAAUAGAAACUCAACAGGAGGGAUGAAACUUGGAGGUUGGCUGACCGCGGUGCUAACCGAACUAUUGCUACUGGGCAUCGCUGUUGGAUACCAGCGUGGACAAGAUCCAAACGCGACUGCUCCUGGUGUGCCGCCAACCGUCAAGCAACAUGAAGAGUCUGUUCAUAGAGGUCAUGAAAAGUUAAAAGAAGACCAACACGACAAAAAACAUAUUGAAGAAGACCUCGGGCUUUCAAAAGAAAUGGAAGAUCACGAAUACACUGAUGAAGAAUUAGAAUUUCGAUACUUCAUAGCUCAUGACAAAGAUAACAACCAAAUGCUUGAUGGAUUAGAACUUUUGGCAGCUAUACAACAUAAUUUAAAUGAAAAAGAAGAAGAAGGAGAUCCAAAAUCAUCUUUAGAUAAAGUUAUAGGAUGGGUUGAUGAAAUUUUAACUGAAGAAGAUAAAAAUAAUGAUGGAUUUUUAUGUUAUUCAGAGUAUGUUGCAGCUCGAAAUAAGUCAUAAUGAUUAAUAAAAACAAUUAAUACUUUUUUAUUUUAAACAUUUAAUUUUGUAAAUAUACAUUAGAUAAAUUAUGAAAAAAUAUUCUUUAUUCA